AUGAAGUAUUUGGUUGGAGAGAUCCGAGAUCUGACACAAGAAGAUGCUAAGUUGUUUGGAUCUAUCGCCAUGAACUAUGAAGUGGAUCAGUUAGAUCUACUCUUCUACUGCCCGACAACUAAGGAGGCCGCUGCAGAUCGAGACAAGCUGAUGCGAUUGGUGAUGCCGGAGACGCUUCAGCAAGAUAUUUUGCAUCAUUAUCAUACGAGCCUGGUGGCCAUCAAGGAAUUGGCCGGACCUAUGAUCGGAUCCGCGGUCACUUUCACUAGAGAGGGUUGUAAAAAAGCGUACAGCGAUAUAUGGGAGAAUGUGUUGAUUGUGAAACAGGCAAAGGACGACCUCGGAUCCAGAUCUUUCAAUGGCAACACAGAGCUGCUGAUCUUCCUGGAUCUAUUUUCUGGAUAUGUGAUCGCCAAGGCCAGCGCCUCUAGAUCUGCACAAACGAUCGCUGAGACUUACGAAGAAUGCGUUUUCCGCACAUUUGGUGCAAACGAGGUGAUCCGGCAUGAUCGAGAGACAUGUUUUAUGUCUGACUUCUUUAAGUCCUUCAACAAGAUCUUGGAUCAACACCAACGUGUUACUAUGGCUUAUCGACCCCAAGAUAAUGGAUCCGCAGAGCGUAUGGUCCAGACAGCCACCAGGGCUCUUAAGAUGUAUGUGCAGGAUCUGGAUCAACGUGAUUGGGAUGAAUACGCCGAACGGCUCAUCUUCGCGAUCAACACCACAAGGGAUCGGAUCCAAGGUGAAACCCCUUUCUACAUGAUACAUGGUUGGGAUCCUAGAUCUACUCUGGAGGCGGUGAUCCCGGUGGGGAGCACUCGCAAGCAUGAUCGAGAUCCAAAAAGGGGCGAUAUCGGAUGCAAAAGUAUUACCAACAGGCUCGAGAACCAGUUAAUCAACGUUUAUGCAGAAGCAAUCGCGGAUCGAGCCGACACGCACAAUGAUCUGGUACGUCCACACCCUGUGGAGGCUGGAUCAAGAGUAUGGUUGUACUUAGAUCGAGUGCGUGAAAGAUAUGCGAAGAAUCUGGCGCACUUAUGGCAUGGGCCAUUUCGCGUCGCUGAGAAGAUCGGGGGAUAUGCAGUGAGGUUGGCGAUCGCAGGAUCAACGUAUAGCAUCUUCCCGGUUUCACAUGUCUCGAAGAUCAAACUGGUCAAGAUAUUUCCAGUUCGACCGGUAGCUCGGCUAGAGGAGCUGGAUGGAGAUCGGGUGGACUUUGAUGAAGCUCUCUUACCCGAAGAUAGUUGA